GUAAUUUUUAAUUCAUAAAAUUAUCGCUUGUCCUUUCCUUCCACUUCCACGCUUCCACUCCACUUUCAUUGCACGGAGACGAGGGUUAAUUUUUGUCAGCGGGUAGAGUGCAGAAACAGGAAAUAUACAAAAUGUGGUCGUCAAUGAUAGAAGCUGCCAAGAAGAAUCCUUUUUCUACACCUUACUCUUCGACCCAAUGUCAAAAAUUGGCAGAUAAUUCCCAAAGUUUGAUACCAGGUCGUAAUAUUGGUGCUUUCGCCGUAGCAGAAGGUGAUAGCUGCGAAUUUGGAUCUAAUCAUUACUUCCUACUAUGUGGACUCGGUGGUAUAUUAUCUUGUGGACUUACUCACACCAUGGUAACUCCAUUGGAUUUAGUAAAAUGCCGUAUUCAAGUCGAUCCUGCCAAGUACAAGAAUGUAGUAACUGGUUUCCGAGUAAGCUUACAAGAAAGUGGAGUGAAAGGUUUAGCUAGAGGAUGGGCACCCACCUUCUUUGGAUACUCCAUGCAAGGAAUGUUCAAAUUCGGUCUCUAUGAAGUAUUUAAAGUUUACUACUCUACUCUGGCAGGUGAAGAAAUGUCUUAUGAAUACAGAACAUCAUUGUAUUUAAUUUCUUCGGCAUCGGCUGAAUUCUUCGCUGAUAUUGCUCUUGCGCCCAUGGAAGCCGCUAAAGUACGUAUUCAAACAAUGCCUGGCUACGCAGAUACUCUUCGUCAAGCACUUCCAAAGAUGAUGAGUGAAGAAGGAUUAGGAAGCUUCUACAAAGGUUUGGUACCUCUCUGGUUACGACAAAUCCCAUACACAAUGAUGAAGUUUGCUUGCUUCGAACGUACCGUUGAAUUGUUAUAUAAAUUCGUUGUACCUAAACCUCGUGAACAAUGUACUAAGGGAGAACAACUUAUUGUCACUUUUGCUGCUGGUUAUAUUGCUGGAGUUUUCUGUGCAGUAGUUUCUCACCCUGCCGAUUCCGUUGUUUCUAAACUUAAUCAAGAACAAGGAUCAACAGCAGUACAAGUAUUAAAGAAAUUAGGACCAGCUGGAAUUUGGAAAGGUCUAGGACCUAGGAUUGUUAUGAUUGGUACUCUUACAGCAGCUCAAUGGUUCAUCUACGAUGCAGUUAAAGUCUGGCUCCGCAUGCCACGACCACCACCACCAGAAAUGCCUGAAUCUCUUAAGAAGAAGUACGGCGUGGCUUAAAUUCGUACACUUCCAGUCAUCGUUGCUGGUCAAUAGAUAAUUGAGAGGCAAAAAAGAGCAGAAAAAAACUAGAGGAAUCCACAUAAAAUAAAUUCGUUAACAAGAAAAUAUCAUCACAUACUAGCCAAUUACAAUUUUAUUGAAUAACAAAUAAUUAUUUUCAUUAUUUAUUCCUCAGUAUUUAUAUUACCGGACGUGAGUCAUUCACAAAGGCUAUACUGCCAUCAAUUAAUAAAAUUUUAGGAAAUACAUUGAUAUCAUUUUUCGGAAUCAAUUUAUUCAAUUUUAUUUUGUUCAGGAAAUGUUCAAUCGUAUUAUCAAAUCAGAAAUAUUAUCAUGAAACUGAUUAUUGUUCAGUUUCGUGAUUUAACAUAUGCUAUUGAGUAAUGACUGCGUUGUUCUGUAAAUAGAGUGAUCAGUUAAUAAAAAAAAUAAAACAGA